AUGAAUUCCUCCAACCCUCCUCAGGCUGCCGAAUAUGGUGGAGAUGAGGUUUCUGCCAUUGUUCUAGACCCAGGAUAUUCCACCACUCGCGCUGGCUUUGCCGGUGAAGACGCACCCAAGUCUCUGAUCCCUACAUACUAUGGCAAGUACAACGCCGACGGUCAAGAGAAGCUGAUCUUCGGUGAUGAUGUGUUCGUCACCCCACGACCUGGCCUAUCGGUCCACAAUCCAAUCGGCAAGGAUGGCAUUGUUGAAGACUGGGAUCUGGCAGAGAAAGUCUGGGAAUACUCGUUUACUUCGCGAUUGACUGGCGCUAAGCCCGGCAACCCUUUCCAAAAUGGCUUGAACGACAUCUCCAACGAGGAGCUUCCAACAGAGAUGGAGGUGGAAACGGAUGAGAAACCCCUGGCCGACAGUCCUCUGCUCAUGACCGAGUCUGGAUGGAAUCCAGCCAAGGCGCGUGAGAAAACAAUUGAGAUCGCCAUGGAGAGCUGGGGCUCCCCGGCUUACUACCUGGCACGCACGGGUGUCCUUGCCGCUUUUGCCUCUGGGAAAGCUUCUGCUCUCGUGGUUGACAUUGGCGCUUCCAAUAUCUCCAUCACGCCGGUUCACGAUGGUAUGAUUCUCAAACGAGGCGUACAGCAUUCUCCGCUGGGAGGCGACUACAUCUCGUCGCAGAUCCGCGCCUUGUUCAAAUCCAACUCCCCACAACCCAUCACGAUCACACCGCACUACCUGAUCAGCUCGAAGACUGCCGUCGAGGCCGGCCAGCCGCCCCAAGCGAAGUACAAGACCUUCCCUCCCGAGAAGGCGCCGGACGCGUCCUACCGCUCGCUCCUCGAGGACCGCACCCUGUCCGAGUUCAAGGAAUGCGUGGUCCAGGUGUGGCCCGGGCCGAACAAGCUCGCUGCCACCGGUCCCACGGGCGUCUCCAAUGAGGAGAUGGCCCGAACCACCCCCGGCCGGCCCUUUGAGUUCCCUGAUGGGUACAACCAAGUCUUCGGUGCUGAUCGUUUCCGUGUGGUGGAAUCGCUCUUCGAUGCCAAGGCCGCCCUUCCAGACCCGGAUUCGCCUUUCCCUGCCCCGACACAAGCUCAGACUAUUCCGGAGCUCAUCAAGGCCUCCCUCGGCGGCGUGGAUGUCGACAUUCGGCCUCACCUGCUGGCGAAUGUGGUGGUAACGGGUGCAUCGAGCUUGCUCUAUGGCUUCACGGAUCGUCUCAACCACGAACUGAUGCAGCUCUUCCCCGGACCGAGAGUGCGUAUAUCCGCCCCCGGUAAUACUGCCGAACGACGUUUCGCCUCCUGGAUUGGAGGCAGCAUCCUAGCCAGUCUGGGUACUUUCCACCAGAUGUGGAUCUCCAAGAAGGAGUAUGAGGAGCAUGGCCCUAAUAUUGUCGAGAAGCGCUGCAAGUGA